AUGAACGAACUCCGAGAGCUAAACGAAGUUGACGAAAUCGAUGCUUUCCAAAGCAACUUCACCAGAACUGUGAGGGAUCGCUUGGACCCUUUUAGGACAUGGGGCGAAAGGGUUUUUAGGCACCGGUAUCGUUUCACGAAAGAUACCGUACGCUUCAUAAUCGAGAUGGUGCGGCCCGAUCUCCAAAACAGCGAACUAUACGACGCAAUUUCGCUUGAGCUACAAGUGUUGAGUGCCCUGAGGUUCUUUGCAAAGGGCUCCUACCAGGACGAUACCUCUGACAUACACGGGUUCAGCCAGCCGACCCAGUCACGUAUCGUCCGGAGAGUAUCAGCGGCCCUAGCCAGUAGGCGAGCCGACUUCAUUAGGUUCCCGGAGACCCCAGCCGAGCAAGACAUGGCAAAAGCAGACUUCAGAAGAAGAUUCGGCUUUCCACUUGUCGUUGGAAUAAUAGACGGCACACACAUUCGCAUCAAAAGUCCUGGUGGCCCAGCUGCACAACUUCACAUCAACAGGAAGGGAUACUACUCCUUGAAUGUGCAGAUCAUGAAUGGAGUUCUCCUCGGGGACAACGGGUACGCCACCAGUGAACACCUUCUGACACCGCUCCUCAGGCCAAGCACAGAGGAAGAAAGGCUGUAUAACAAAACACACCGCAAGACGAGGCAGCUCAUCGAGCAUGUCAUUGGGCAGUUGAAGAACAGGUUUCGCUGUCUAAUUAGGAAACUUGAAGUAAGCCUCGACACAACAAAGGCAGUCAUAGUAGCGGCAUGUGUUCUCCACAACAUUGCGAAAACACAUAAUGACGAAGAGGUUGACAACUCGUCAAGCACUGAUGAUGAGGACAACUCUGACGACGAUGCUGACCCUGACUUCGCCAAUGGGAAUGACAUAAACACAUCUGACACAGAAUCGUAUGACGUCCCUCCAGAGGGGACUGGUACAACAUUUCGUGCAGAAUUUAUUAGGAACUACUUUGGUGUAUAA